AAUACUGUUAAUUUUCGCUGUGUUAAAUAAGCUGUGGAUCAAGUUGGUUUUGGAAUGUAGGGUGGAAUAUCUGAACAUGAAGUUGCUUCUGUUGGAGUUUUGGAGGUGGAUUAUAUAUUUAAACACGGCAUGGUUUAUUCUUCUUCUUCCGUGCAUAACAGGGGUUGGUGGGCUACGGAACGUCACUAUCAGGGUUCCUCUGGCCGUCACUGCAGGCGCCACCGUCUCCCUCUUCUGCAGCUAUGAUCUGGAGAACGAGCCUCUCUACACCAUCAAGUGGUACAAGGGAAGACAAGAAUUCUUUCGCUACGUGCCCAAGGAACUGCCUCACACUAGGGUGUUUCCUAUCAAGGGGUUCAACGUGGAUGUGAGCCUGUCAGGCCCAGAACGUGUCGUCCUGAGAGAUGUCAACAGAGCCAUGUCAGGUCGCUACUUAUGUGAGGUGUCUACCGACGCCCCGGACUUUCUAACCAUGGUGGUGGCUGCUAACAUGAAUAUAGUGCGACCGCUGGACCAGAAGCCAGUAUUGGAGGUGGACAAAACAAAAUACUCCCUCGGGGAAACUCUAAGAGGAAACUGUACUUCACCACCCUCCAGCCCUCCAGCGAACCUCACACUAUACGUCAAUGGGAAUAAGGUCCGGCCAGGACCUUUCAUGAAGUCUCACUUCUUCGGGGAGGAAGAUCACAAGGUGACGAUCACGGAGGUGUCACUAGAAGUCAACAGUUUCCUUGGGUCUAGAGUGAGACUGCAGUGUGUGGCAGACCUGUUCGGAGUGUUCACCUCGUACAGUGAAGUGAUCGAAGUGGUUGUGGUCGAAGACAAACCCAUCCUGGCGUCCGUUCUGGACAACAGAGAGAACCGAGGUCAAACAAGUAGGAGUUUUGUCCUACUGGUAUCAACGCUAGGAGCGCUAGCGUCUCUCCUCAGGUAGCAGAUGUAAGCGCGUGAACUACUUCUACCGAUUCGGAAUCGUUUCCUUCCAAUCAAAAGUUAACAAAUAAAGAUGUUACCACUUUGAAAAUUUUCAUGUGAAAAAGAUAACUAUAUUACAAUGUUGAUGGGGUGUGUUAAUGUUGAGAAGCUCAAGUAUGUCCCAUUUUCAUGUCCCUUGCCCCUUCUAAUUGCUUUUAACCCAUUUGCUACAAGUUUUGUACAAACCGUUUGAUGUUCUGGAAUAAAUGAAAAAAAUAAGCAGGAACCCUUACUACAAAUUUAUUGAAUAACAUUUGAAGGAUCAACAUAUUUCGAUAAACAUUAAGUCUUCAAUGUUAAGACAUAGUUCAAAUGAAAUUUUAAUUUAAAUUUUCACUACUUCUCCUUUGAUGUUUAUUUAUAUUAUUAUACUACCUUUAACGGCGUGUAUUAGUUUGGCAUUAGAACCAUCUCAAGUCAUUUGGUGUAAAUUUAUGAACAUAUAGCCAUAUUUUAAAAUUGGAUGAUAAAAAAAAAGUUUUACGAAAUCCUGUAACAUUUUCGUAAUUACUUUGUUAGCUAUGAUUAUGGGGAAUUGUGAAAAAGAACAAGCAAAAUUACUAAAUCUCACUCACUGUAUGAUGAUGAUUAAUUAUAACUAAACAAGUUACAGAAUGAUGAUAGUCUUAAAGUAUAUUUUUGAUUUGUUGUAGGACUAUAGUGCUGUUUAUUGGCAAGUGUAAUGCAUAAAUAUACACAUUUCUUUCACAUUUUCCAAUCAAUGACGCAAAAUAAAAAAUACGGAUUGCAAAGGUUAGAGAGCAUUUAGUGUUCAUCAAUUUACCUGCCUUAUAAUAAUAAAAAAAUAAUUCUUUGUUUUUUGGACAGUAGAGCAAAGAUUGUUGUUUGGAAUUAUGAUAAUUUGUAUUUUUAAAGUCAAUCAUGAUUAUCGUUUUAUAAGCGCAAAUUAUCAAAUAAUGAAAAUUUAUCGACCCCCUCUCUUAUUUUAGAAUAUAAUAAUGGAGUCACACGAAGCGAUGUUGUUAUUAUGUAGCUUGUAAAAGAUUUGUGUGCCAAAUACUCUUUUAUAAUACUAAGAUGCUUAGAUUGUACAUAUUGUAUAUUGUAGUUAAUAAAUGACUGUAUUAUCGUAUUUAAAUGAAAAAAGACUUA